UAGAUGUGAGCGCAGAGGCCGCCAGUGUUGCACUCACUCUCUCACACUCACACUCACACACUUGUCCCCCGUCUCUCACCGUCACACACACGGAGCACCGAUACUCACCUUCUGCUACCUGUCCCCACCCUCGGCUUCUCCCCGGGCUGCCGUGCAUGGUUCUCUCCCGCAGUGCCUCUCGCUCCAAACCUCACCGCGACACCACUCUCAAGUUCGGGCGGCCCCGGCAGGACUUGCGCGGCAGCUCCAGCCAGGCGCGCAGUGGGGACGUUUCACUUGGCAGAGAGGAACCCGAAGACUUGGUGUGGAAGCAGCGCUCGACAUGAGUCUGAAAGCCGACACGGAGCCCAACAACAAUGUCGCCAUCGAGGAGGAGGUGCGAACACUGUUUGUCAGCGGCCUUCCGGUCGACAUCAAGCCCCGGGAGCUUUAUCUGCUCUUCAGACCCUUCAAGGGUUAUGAAGGGUCACUGAUUAAGUUAACGUCAAAACAGCCUGUUGGGUUUGUAACUUUCGACAGUCGCUCUGGAGCCGAAGCUGCAAAAAAUGCUCUGAAUGGUAUCCGUUUUGACCCCGAAAACCCCCAGACCCUGCGCUUAGAGUUUGCUAAAGCCAAUACGAAGAUGGCAAAGAGUAAGCUGAUGGCCACACCGAACCCCACAAAUAUCCACCCCGCUCUAGGAGCACACUUCAUUGCACGGGACCCAUAUGACCUGACGGGGGCUGCACUGAUACCUGCGUCUCCUGAUGCCUGGACUCCUUACCCACUGUACACCACUGAGCUGACCCCAGGCCUCCCUCAUGCCGCCUUCACUUACCCAGCGGCGGCUGCCGCUGCUGCAGCCCUCCACGCCCAGGUGAGGGAGCAACCGAUGCGCUGGUAUCCUACUCCCUCAGAGACUUCCCAGCCUGGAUGGAAGUCCCGGCAGUUUUGUUAGAUAUUUAGUCUCCGGACACCACACCUUUGUCCAGCUGAAGUGAGCCACCGAGCUCCUCAUUAAUUUAAACAAGUUUAUUUAAUGGACUAAUGUGCAUUAUUAUAAACAGUAUUUAUGUCUCCUCCCAAUUGUCUCUGGGAGAAGUGGAAACAAUCUUGCUGUCGACAAUCCGAGCUCACCCACGGCAAUUUAUUGUGGUACCAUCUCAGCACUUACGUAAACCCAACCUCAAGCAAGCUUAGCCGAGCCGUGUGCAACAUCAUUGCUGAGGAAAAUAUUGACACAAUGAAGCUAAAACUUUUUGUUAACCUAGUCCUCGCCGGGGUUUCCUGCUGCUCCCGGGAGGUUUAGAACCGUCAUUGCAUGUUGAAGUCUUUUUUGGCAUGAAUUUAGAAACGCAGAGUUCUGUGUAUCCUCUUUUUUUUUUUUCCUUCUUUCCUUAGUGUUUGUGUUGCCUUUUUACCUCGGCCUAGACAGCGUCGUGUUUCCUUUUCCCUGUAGAUGCUUGGUCUUACCUCUGUGAAAGCUAGGCUGUUGUGUCAAUGGCUUAUCUCGCAUGGACUCUGUGAAUGCAUCCCCAUGUUCUGACAAUCCCAGCCCUUAUGAUCAUAUCAGUGUCAUUAUUUGAGCAAAAAGAGCGCAGACCUUUGUCCUCUUUAUGUAAAUGGAUAUUUAUGCAUUUUUGUGCAACUAGUAAUGAACAUGUAUAAGUUGGAUGUUGAGUAGUCUCUUGUGUUUUCAAUUAUAAUCCUGUUGAAGUAGUUUUACCGAACAGUGCAAUUUGUUUAAAUGGGUAUCUGUCAAAAAUGGAAGUAUUCAGAGAGUGGUGUAUGCCAUUCUGCUAAAAUGAGAUUGCUGUAAAACGAUCUUUCAGAAUGUGAAACUGGACUACAAAUGUUUAAAAAAAAAAAAAAAAAAAUGGUGGAUUUUUGUUUUUCAGAAUGGGAGGGAGAAAGGCGGAGACGGAUGGAGAAAUUUAGUUUGUGACUUAGAAACAUGUUGUCUUUGUAUCUGCUGUGCGUAAGAUGCUAAAAAGCCAUCUUAUGAAUAAAAAAUUGAAUGCAUUACA